CGGCGGCGGCGGCCAUGGCCACGGCGGGGGGAUCGGAGGGAGGCGAGCCGGGAUGCGAGCCGGGAAGCGAGCAGGGAUGCGAGCACUACCGGCGGGGCUGCCGGCUGCGGGCGCCGUGCUGCGGGAAGCUGUACCCGUGCCGGCUGUGCCACGACGGCGCCGAGGAGCACCAGCUGGACCGGUUCCGGGUGUCCGAGGUGCAGUGCAUCCGCUGCCGGCUCCUGCAGAAGGCCCAGCAGCGCUGUGAGGGCUGUGGCAGCCUCUUUGGGGAGUACUACUGUGACAUCUGCCACCUGUUUGACCGUGACAAGAAGCAGUACCACUGCCAGGAGUGCGGCAUCUGCAGGAUUGGCCCCAAGGAGGAUUUCUUCCACUGCUCCAAGUGUAAUUUGUGCCUCAGCCUGAGUCUCCAAGGAAAGCACAAGUGCAUUGAAAAUGUCUCCAGGCAGGACUGUCCAAUAUGUUUGGAGGAUAUUCACACAUCUCGUGUUGGAGCCCAUGUUCUGCCGUGUGGUCACCUUCUUCACAGGACAUGUUACGACGAAAUGCUGAAGGAAGGCUACAGGUGUCCUCUGUGCAUGCACUCGGCGCUGGACAUGACCAGGUACUGGCGCCAGCUGGACACCGAGGUGGCGCAGACUCCCAUGCCCACCGAGUACCAGAACAUGAUGGUGGAGAUCCUUUGCAACGACUGCAAUGCCCGCUCCACGGUGCAGUUCCACCUCCUGGGCAUGAAGUGCCAGAGCUGUGAGUCCUACAACACGGCCCAGGACGGGCGGUGCCGGCUCUCCUUGGAGGAGCAGUGACCAGCGGGACGCGCGCCGCGCUGGGCCCUGGGAGAGACUGUUGUGUGAGCAGAGCAGCUCUUGUGCCAGUAAAAAUUCCACUAUUCCCAGUCCAAGGAGUCCCUUACUGCCAAAGGGAGGAGGCAGGUGAGAGGAGCAGCAUGAGGAGAUGUAGCGAGCAGCUGACGCAGCAGCAGGAGGAAUUUUGGGGCAGCUGAAGGGGAAGGAGGUGGAGGUGCAGCUCUGGGGGAAAAUGGGUACCUUUGAGAGACCUUGGGGGCUGGUGCUGGUAUCCACAGGGCCAUGUGUGAGGAUGUGAUGUUCCCUGGGAAUGACGUGUGUGCCCACAGGGACAGUGGGCAGGGGUUGCACCUCCAGCCCCCUUCAUGCACUGUGACCCGUGUGUACAGAAUUCCCUUCAAACAAGGGAACUGCCCUGCCUGCUGGGAUGAGCAGCUGGAAGAUCCAGGUGCAAAGCCCCCUUUUUUCCCCUGGGUGCCCAUCCUGACUCACUGCUGUUGCUUUUUCCCCUGUUUCUGCCUCAUUUUGCACUGUCCACUGGCAGAGGUGGUGCAGGUGUGAGACUCGUACGUUGCUGGAUUUUGCUAGUUAGGGACCUAAAGUGAAGCACAUCCUUCACAGCAGGCUGAGCCUGGGAUGUUCACUGAAAUAAAGCAGUCCAGGGUCCAAUUUUCUGUGAUGUUGGUGUUUGUUCAUGGUAGAACUUCACUGGGGGGGUGAACCGCUGCCUUUUGAAAGAAAUAAAAACCCCUGCUCCACCCUUUUUCAUGUAACAUCCUGCCUGAGGUGUUUUGCAGUCUUAAGUAUUGCAGGAAAUCCUUGGUUUCUGUGAAUCUCACAUGGAGAUACUUUACAGUAAUGAGGUGUAAAAAAGGAUCAGUUCCUCUUCAGGUCAUAAUUACUCAUCUUUAACUUGUUCUGUAAUGAGCUUUUCUUAAUCCAACAGUGCCCGUUUUCUCUAGGGAAUAUUUAGGAUUUGGAUGGUAGCUAUGGUAGCUUGCCUUGACUGGGGUAUCUUUUUCUGGAGCACUUUUCUCACUGCUAUAAAUAAAUGUAAAAAAAAGGUCUCUAUUAAAAUAAACAAACGACA